UCAUCCAGUACGGGCUUGUACUGUAUUCUCAUCAAAGUGCCAAAUGUAGCAGGUUAGUAAACAGUACACAGGCCUUGCUGUAGCACGCCGGCCUUUUAAAGCGGCUUUUUGGAAUAAUAUUUAUAAAUAUCAUACAGCGGACGAAGCCACAAUACGUGAGGCGUCGCUGACUGCUUGACCGCGGCCAGGUUAAUGCGGUUAGCCGCCAUGCUAACCCCCCGAUGCUAACGCUAGCAUCGUUGUUAUUGUCCUCUUUGACGUCUCAUUGUGCGGCGAGUGUUUUAUUGUUAUUUUAUUUUUUAACAUCUUGUCGCUUUAAGCUGUGCGUCGUCCACGGGGCGCAACAUGAGGGUGGAGUCGAAAAACAAAGCGAAGGCGGACGGCGGCGACGUCGUCGUCACGGUCAAACGUGAAAUGGGCGAGGAAGAUGGAGACUGUGAUGAGUGUUGUACCAAUGGAGAUGAGCUCCACAUCCAAAUCAAAGAGGAGCCACACGCCCUGGAGAUCACUGAGGUGUAUUAUGGGGUCACGUUAGGCUCCCAGCCUGAUGCUGCUGCUGCUGCUGGUGGUGGUGAUGGCGACAGGACACCCUUUACGGAUGGUCUUCACCACCACUACCAUCUGGCGGGGGUUUUAAAAGAAGAAGAACCAGAUGUGCAGCCCGAAUGCGAUGUGACUGUCAAGGAGGAGCAUUUCAUCAAAGAAGAGGAGGGAGAGGAGUUGCAGGAUGGAGACAACAUGGAUGAGGAGUUUGUCUGCACAGGGUCAAAUGAGUUUUUCCCUUGUCCCCACUGUGAUGUGUCCUUCACCAACCUGGACUUCUUGGAGAAGCACGUCAAGUGGGUCCACCAGAAAGAGUACCUGGCCGAGCUGAAUAACUGCCUCUCCAGCCACGCCCAAAAAAGCCUCAUCCCCAAACACACCUGCACCGUCUGCAGCAGCACCUUCAGCUCCAAAGUCUACCUUCGGGUCCAUGUCAGAGAGAGCCACCCUUCUGCCCCGACCCGCCGGCUCCACCCGUGCCCGACAUGCGUGCGCAGCUUCCAGUACUUAAAGAACCUGAAAAACCACUGCCAGCGCUGGCACAACAUGUCAGUGGUCAUCAGAGGGGGGAACCUGUGCUGCGUCGACUGCGGGAAGAGCUUCAAAGCCACCUGGGGCCAGGGGCCUCACUUGUGUCACCAGCCGCACACAGAAUCCGAGGAAAAGCCCAUCUGUCUGGAUCUGGGAUUGAAGUGUCCAGAGUGUGAUAAGAAGCUGCGCACCCCGCAGAGCCUGGAGGACCACAUGCGCAUCCACACGGGCGAGCGUCCGUUUGUCUGCAAGGACUGCGGCAGGCGCUUUGUGGAGCGCAGCAGCUGGCGGCAGCACCAGAGGAUCCACACGGGGGAGAAGCCGCACAAGUGUCAAGUGUGCGGCAAGGCCUUCCAGAGGGGACACCAACUCAAGUGCCACCUCACCACGCACUCGGCUAAGAAGGAGUACUCCUGCUCCCAAUGCGGGAAGGAGUUUGGAUUAAAGGCGAGCCUCAACCUGCACUUGAGAACGCACUCUAGCGAGAAGCCCUUCCACUGCCUGGCUUGCGAGAAAACCUUCAACACCCGCAAGAACCUGCGCGUGCACACCAAGCUGCACAGCGAGAAGUCUCACCAGUGCGGCGACUGCGGCCUGAAGAUCAGCGACCUGGGGGCUCUGAAGAUACACCUGAGGACGCACACGGGCGAGAGGCCCUACCACUGCACCGUCUGCGGCAACAAGUUCAUCCGCCUGUCGCAUCUGCGGAACCACCAGCGCACGCACACCGGCGAGAGACCCUACAAGUGCGACCAGUGCGACAAGAGCUUCACGCAGUCCGGGGACCUGGUGAAGCACAAGAGGAUACAUUCCGGGGAGAAGCCCUUCGAGUGUCCCGAGUGCCAACGCCGCUACACCUCGUCCGGCGACCUAGGCAAGCACCGCAGGACACACACUAACCUGCGCCCGUACAUGUGUCAGGAAUGCAGCAAGAGCUUCCGCUUGUCCGGCCAUUUGAAAACUCACAUGCUCACUCACACCGGAGAGAAGCCGUACUCCUGCCCCAACUGCUUCCGCAGUUUUGCUCGCUCCCAUCACCUCUCCGGACACAUCGCUAAGUGUCGCUGAGGAUAAACCCAGAGGAUCCUAGCUACAGAACUCACUUCUAGAUCUAGGUUUUGAAACUGACUGAUACAGUGGAACCCCGAACGUCGAACCAUAAUCGAUCCUUUUUGUUGCGGGAAAGCUGGAGCCUCCUAACCUAGCAGACUGUGAGGUGAUUUAGCGAUUGAUGUCCAGUCAAUCACACACAACGUUUUCCACUCACUUCCACACCUAGCAGGAGUCAAUCCCAAUUAACUGACGCCAAAUCCGUUCUGGGAUGUCCGAUUUGUUACAAUGAAGAAACCGUUUUCCCAUGAGAAAUAGUUGUAACUGAGGCUAUACCUGUACGAACACAGAUAUUUAAAAAACUAGUAAAUAAUGCCAAAUUAAAAACUAGACAAUAUGAAUUAUUAGCCGUAUUAGCAAAUCCAACCUUCACAAAAAUGUAAUUUCACUUAUCAAUGCCCCCGUUUUUUCUGCACACCAAAUCUGUGACACAGAUCAGAUAAAUGCUCCAAAGUGCUUCAAAUUUGAUCUUUCCGCUUCAGAUUCAGGUUGCAUAAAGAGGUAGUCCGAAUCCAAUUGGAAUCUGGGGCCGUACUUAUCAAGCUUCUUAGAAUUACUCCUAAGAAGUCUGCUAAGAGUUGACUUAAGAGUAAAUAAAUUCUUCGCUGAAAGCUGCACUUAAAAGUUAGUUAUCAAGCGUCUUACUCACACUUUCAGCGAAGUGUAGGACUGAAUCUUAAGUGUCACACUCAGAGCUGCAUUACGACAUUACUAUGUGCCGUAAACGGAAUUUUAGGUGACGUCAUUUCUGUGUCCAUAGAAAUGACCAAUCACGGAAGGGAAUCCGUUGUCUAAGAAUAAAGAAAUAUCUUGGAAAUAUUUAAGUGGACAUUGGGAGUGUAUAUUUUGACAAUAAACUACAAAAUAAUACAAAACAAACUAGUCCUCGCCGGCACUCACGCUACCGCUCCCUCUCUUCUAUCGCCCACACACUCACUGAUGUCACUCACCUCACGGCCACACACAUACGCUACUGUCAUAACAUUUUCUUUCCAAUUCAUUAAUUAGGCAACUAAUUUGAAACUGGUGUGGGUGGCUCUAUAUAUACUAGCCCACUGCAGACACAUGCAGAAAUCAACAAGGAAUCGAAAAGUAUUAAAUCUGUGACAAAAAUAAUAUCCGCUCUGUCUAAACGAUACCGUUUGAUCAGCUGCUCGUCAUCAAAAAAAACCAAAACAUUGUUCCGUUCCCUGAACGUUCGCGCACGUCUCUCUCGCCUCAGUGCCAUCCCCUGCUGGCAACUCCUAACCACUUAAGACACCUCUGAAGGUCUCUUAAAUAUCGUGGAGAGUAGGAGUGAUUCUUAGACUUAAGAACGUUGAUAAAAAGCUUUUAUUCUUAAGUUUGAGAGUAGGACUAAAUUUUGCAAAUUCUCAGGACUUAAGUGUAAAAUGGCACUCUAAGAAGCUUGAUAAGUACGGCCCCAGAUCUUUUCAAACGUGACUUCCCUAUAAACGGAAAUGCGACCUGAAUGCGACUUUUGCAUCAUCUUUAGGCGACCUACGUUAUUCGUGUGCACAAAGAGAGACGCAGCCCGCCAGCAGAAGUGGAUACGUCGUCACAACGUCCGGUUUCGGUGAGCAAAGUAUUUUUCCCGUGGCCGAAUUAUCGCUGCAUCACUAGUCAAUAGUGUGCAAUUAAUGGAUUAAAUGUAAUAUAUACAGAUAUAUGUAUAUAUCAGAGGUGUGGACUUGAGUCACAUGACUUGGACUCGAGUCAGACUCGAGUCAUGAAUUUGAUGACUUUAGACUCGACUUGACAAAAUGUAAAGAGACUUGCAACUCGACUUAGACUUUAACAUCAAUGACUUGUGACUCCACUUGGACUUGAGCCUUUUGACUUAAACUUGAAGUAGUUACAAUGCAAUAUGCCAUGGAAAUACAAUGUUAACACUUUUGUGCAAAUAAGUACAGUUGCACUUGUUUUUCAAAUGUGUUUAUUCUGUAAAGGAAUGAGUUAAAUGUUUAAAAUGACUGGUUAAUAGUGCUAUUAUGAAGUGUAAUGUCAGCACUAUUUUUUUCCCUGUAAAUUCAAAUGCACUUGUUUGAAUAAAUAAAUACAGCGUUUUAAAAGCAUACACAAUCUGUGUGAAUAUAUUAGUCUGUGGUUUAAAGGACUUGAAAGGACUCAAAACUCACAAUGUAGGACUUGGGACUUGACUUGAGACUUUCCAGUCUUGACUUUGGACUUGCCUGUCUUGACUCUGGACUUGAGGGCAAAGACUUGAGGCUUCCUUAUGACUUGCAAAACAAUGACUUGGUCCCA